UGUAAAAAAAUUCAAAUUGAUAAUUGCAGACAACUUCGUUUAAGUACAAAUACAUAACCUGAAAAUUAAUUAAAAAAAUGUCUUCAUUAAAAAGGGUCCAGCAAUGGGCCACCUUCGCGAGAAUCUGGCACAUAUACGAUGCUUCCUGGCAGAACCCUUUCCAGUCUGCAGGACUCUUGAAGAAAUAUCUCAUGGGCACAUACAAACCAAUUUACCAUCCGUUAAAUGAUUGUGGUGAUCAUGUAGUGGUUAUAAACAGUGGUGAUAUAGCCUUACCAGGUGAUGAAUGGAAGAAAAGAGUAUAUUUCCAUCAUACAGGGUACCCUCGAGGUGCCAGCUGGACUUUAGCUUGGCAGUUGCACAAGAAGGAUCCAACUUUGGUUCUUAAAAAGGCUGUGUACAAUAGCAUGGAUGGCAAUUUGCAAAGGAGAUACACAAUGGAAAGACUGCACAUCUAUCCAGAUGCAAAUGUACCUGCUGAUAUUAUGAAGAACAUCUCCAAUCAACUAGCAACUCCAAGGGAGGUGCCAAAGAGACUAGAUCAUUACAGUGAGAAGGAAGUUGAAGAAUUUCCCAAGAUUAUGGAUUAUCCUAAAAAUUACAUCCUGAGAUAACCAUAUUCUUAAAUCAAUGCUUAGUUUGUUUUAUAUUAUAGUAAAAAAAGUAAUUCUGUGAA